UUUGCCUGCCUUCAAUCAGUUGCAACAAAUGAAUCCAUACGAGGAGAUAUUGGGCCAAGUGAUGGACCAAAUGCUUAUGCAAAAGGACUGCAAUACGGAGAACAAGCUGGUGCACGACAAGCUGGUCGUGCUGAUGCGCUACAGACUGCGUGACAUUGCGGUGACCACCUCGAAUGCCGCCUGUCAUGCGGGCCGUUCCACGCCCUGUUACUUUGAUGUGGAGCGCACGUUCCGUGUGCUGGGCAUUGGGGUCCGUGGCUUGCGGGAGUUGCGUGAUAGCAGCGCAGAGACUCAGCCGACGCCCAUCAGCUUUAGCCCGGUGGAGACGCGCGACGAGGAUAUACACCAGAGUCCACAGCUGGAUAUCAAUCAGUCGCGUGGCUUGCGCAGCGGCCGCCACAUACCCAAAUAUAUGCCGCCCUUUCCCGGUGUGCACACCUACAAGAACACCAUGAUGGACAUUGUCACGGAUCGCGGCUAUGUCUCGGAGCGGCAACGUCGUGCCGAUCUGCAGCUGAGCACCCAGAGAGCACUCAAUAGGUACUACCUGCGCACACGGCCGGCUACUUCGCUAUUUAUUGAGCCGCAGCGCGGCACAGAAUUCAUGGUGCUUAAUGUGAAUGUGCCCAAAAAGCCGGCCUACUUAACGGCAUUAAUGCCGCGCGAUGAGGUGUUCGAUGUGGAUAUCUACGAGUUCAAUGAGCCGCCCAAUGAGAGGGCACGGAACAAUCCUUUUAUGAAGAAGCCGCGCGAUAAAAGCGAGUGUAAUCAAUCAAUCGAGGAAGACAAUAAUGAAAAUGAAUCGGAAGAAAAUGAUGAUGAUGCCGAUGACGAUCGUGAUCAGGAGCAUGAUCAGGAUCGGGAGCGUGAGGAUAACGAAUACGAUGAUGAGGACGAUUGGCAACUGCCUAACUUAAAUGAUGAUGACGAAUCCUCAUCAUGAGAACUACUAAAAAUUAACUAUAAUUUUGCGAAUGGAGUAAUAUUUUAUGAAGUUUAGUAUAUCAG